AUUUGAGUUUAUGGUUUAGUGAUUAGGGUUUAGGGUUUGGUAAUUUUCUUUUCAAACUAGAGUUUAGGGUUUAGGGUUUAUAUGUAUUGUCUUCAAAUUUGAUAUUUCUCUUUUAUGCCAUUUUGUAUGAUUGCUCGUAAUAUUAAAGUAGUUUCAUUCAAAUGUUUGACAAUGUUAAGGUCAUGUCUAGUUCAAGAACGUCUUUUUCAUCAACAAGUACUUUUAUUUCUUCUUCUACUAUUUUACAUAUGAUUCCCAACUAACAUAAAUAGAACAAAUAUUUGUAUAUUAUUUAAUACAAUGUUCCAUACUAUGUAUGUAUAGUACUUGAAAAUAUUAUAAAAUAUUAUAUAUUUCGGAUUUUGAAUUUCUUUUAAAUAUAUAUUAUAGCUUAGAUUUGAGUUUAAGAUUUAAUGGCCAUGAUUUAGAGUUUAGUAUUUAGGGGUUGGGUUUAGAGUUUAGUAUGAUAUUUUCCAUCUUUAUAUACUAUAGUUUAAUAUCACAAAAUAUUAUAUAUAUUUUCAGAUUUUAAUUUUAUUUAAAAUUAUAAAUAUAUAAUAUAGUUUACAUUUGAGUUUGGGUUUAGUGGUCCAUUUAGGCUUUAAUAUUUAAAAGUUGGAGUUAAUGAAAUGUUUGUGGUGAUAUGAAGUAAAAUUAAUGAAAUGUUUGUGGUUAUGUAUAUGUGAUGUGGCUAUGUUAUAUUCCUUUUGUUGGUGACAGUUUGCAUUAAUUAUUGGCCACACUUAGAUUUUGUCAAAGUCAUCUCCACAUCUUGAAGCCACCGGCAACUUGUAUGAAUCAAGGGUAAAACCGGUGGAAAUAAAACACAAUUGAUAGAUACUCUGCACUUAAUUUCUUUUCCAAACUUGGUCAUUUCACAAAUUCACCCAAUUUUAUUUGACACAACAUUUUUAUAAUUGUCAAAAAGAAUUUUUUUUGGUAAACUUCUAAUUGUCAAACUUUGGGGAUUAAAUACGACAUUUCAGAAUAUAUACGACUAGUUCCAACAUAUAUUGCAAAACUGAAACUUUCAAAAAUCGUAAGAAAGGUUGACUUAUGUGAAUUUAUAUUGGUCUCACGUCUACUUCUAACUUUAAUAUAUAUAUUUACAAACAGGGCAUAAUAAUGCCUCUAAAAGAUUACGAGGGGAUUAAAUUUGAUCAAGUACUAAAAACAAACAACAGCAAAGUCAAGUGUCACAAGAGAUUAAACAUAUCUUCAUCAAUCUUGUUUAUAUUUUCCUUGGAUUCAACUCCAUCUUGUUGAGAUGGUAGAUGCCAUAACAGGUUUUGUGGUGGGAAAGAUGGGUAACUAUCUCAUCGAAGAAGCGUCCAUUUUGAUGGGAAUCAAAGACGAACUAGAGGAGCUGAAGGCGGAGUUGACCUGCAUCCGAGGCUAUCUAAAAGAUGUUGAAGCUCGAGAAAGAGAAGAUGAAGUUUCAAAAGAAUGGACAAAACUGGUUUUAGACAUAGCUUAUGAUGUCGAAGAUGUUCUGGACAGCUAUAACCUGAAAGUAGAACAAAGAUCACAAAGGCAAGGCUUGAUGAGAUUGACCAACAAAAUAGGAGAGAAGAUUGAUGCGUACAAUAUAGUUAGUGAUAUCAAAACCCUGAAGAUAAGAGUCUUGGAUGUUACUCGCAAGAGGGAGACUUAUGGGAUAGGCAACUUCAAUGAGUCUCGAACAGGAGAAGGUACUUCAACUUUUCUCACCAUGAGGCAGCUUCGACGUGCUCGAUCCGUUGAUCAGGAAGAGAUUGUCGUUGGUUUGGAAGAUGAUUUUAAGUUUCUCUUGGCAAAGCUUCUUGAAGAUAAUGGGGAUCAGAAUAGAUAUAUGAUCUCCAUAUUUGGCAUGGGAGGUCUUGGAAAGACUGCUCUAGCCAGAAAGCUUUACAACGCUGACAAUGUGAAGACAAGGUUUGCUUACCGCGCGUGGACCUCUGUUUCCCAAGUAUAUAAGACUAGAGAGAUGCUUCUGAGAAUCAUAAGAUCUUUAGGAGUGGCUUCUAGUGAAGAGAUGGAAAGGAUCAAGAUUCUUGCGGAGGAGGAGUUAGAAGUUUACCUUCACGGUCUUCUACAAGGGAAAAGAUAUCUGGUGGUAGUAGAUGAUAUUUGGGAGAGAGAAGCGUGGGAGAGCCUGAAGAGAGCGCUACCUAGCAACCAUAAAGGAAAUAGAGUUAUCAUUACCACGCGUAUCAGAGCUGUUGCUGAAGGCGUGGACCAGAGAGUCUAUGCCCAUGAGCUAAGAUUCUUGACAUUUAAUGAAAGCUGGGAAUUGUUUGAGCAGAAAGCAUUCAGGAAUAUGCAACGGGUCGAUGAAGAUCUUCAGAAAGUCGGAAAACAAAUGAUUAAGAAAUGCCACGGAUUACCACUUGCUAUAGUUGUUCUUGCUGGCCUUAUGUCUAGGAAGAGGCCAAACGAGUGGAAUGAUGUGUGUGCCAGUUUCUGGAGACGCCUAAAGGAUGACUCCAUCCGCGUCUCCACUGUGUUUGACCUAAGUUUCAAGGAGCUGCGACACGAGUUGAAACUCUGCUUUCUUUACCUUAGCGUCUUCCCAGAGGACUAUGAGAUCGAUGUAGAGAAGUUGAUACACUUACUUGUAGCAGAAGGGUUUGUACAAGAGGAUGGAGAGAUGAUGAUGGAAGAUGUGGCUCGGUAUUGUAUCGAAGAGCUGAUAGACAGAAGCCUAGUGGAGGCAGUAAGAACAGAAAGAGGAAAAGUGAAGUCUUGUAGAAUCCAUGAUCUUCUGAGAGACGUGGCUAUCAAGAAAGCCAAUGAGGUCAACUUUGUACAUAUUUAUAACGACCAACUGUUGUCUACUACUUGUAGAAGGGAAGUCGUUCACCAUCAUAUGGACUCUUACUCGUGCGAGAGACGUGUGAACAAAAGGAUGCGAUCCUUCUUGUUCUUCGGAGAAAGAAACAGAACACUAUGGGGUUCUGUCAAACCCAUUACCUUGAAACUAGAGCUACUUCGAGUGCUUCAUCUCGAAGGGCUUCAUUUACCAGAUGUUAUCGGAGAGUUAAUCCACUUGAGAUACCUUGGGAUCGCUGACACUUUUAUCAGGAAAUUACCAGCUUUUAUCUCCAACUUGCGGUUUCUACAAACUCUUGAUGCAUCGGGAAAUGACUCCUUCAGGAAAGUCACUGAUCUCCGUAGGCUCACAUCACUGAGGCAUCUCAUGGGAAGAUUCGUUGGAGAUUUGCUAAUAGGCGAUGCAGUUAACCUUCAGACAUUGAGGUCUAUCUCUUCCUACAGCUGGAUCAAACUGAAACAAGAGUUGCUCACAAAUCUUCGGGAGUUGGAGAUCUACGACUCCGUGUGGGUGGAUCAGAUAAGAGUUCCUUUGGACUUGUCUGCCUUCUCUAAAUUAACAAAACUUCGUGUCUUAACGCUGAAGGUACCCACCUUCAAGUUAUCGUCUGAAUCAGAGGAAGCAGUUCGGAUCAAAACACUAGUUAAGCUGACACUGCGUUGCCACAUAAGGAGACUUCCCGAAGACAUGGAUUUUAUAUUUCCUAGUCUUGAGUCUCUGAAGCUUGUCGGUUUACAUCUCGAGGAAGACCCAAUGCCUGCGCUAAAGAAAUUGCAGAGACUGGAAGAUGUUAUCUUGGAUUCUUGUUAUUUCUCAGGCGAAAAGAUGAGGAUCAGCGAACAAGGUUUUGGUCGGCUAAGGAAACUUGUGUUUUACAUUGACGGAUUAGAUGAGUUACAGAUAGAUGACGAGGCUAUGCCCAGUUUAAUGGAGCUGAAACUAAGAACCAGAGGACGGCAGAUGAAGCUGAUGAUCCCAGAUCGCUUGCGGGCAGUUCUUGAUCCUCCGUACAUCAAAUUAUCCCCGAGUGUAUAGAUGCCAAGAUGUUGUGAUUGAUUAAUUGAUCCAUUUGCAAAAUGAAAGAUGGACUAUAGAAUAUGGAGCAACGAGUUUUAUCUUUGAACGGUAUGUGUGUCAUUCUAAAGUGUGUGUUUAUGUAUGAGAAGAGGAGUCUUGAUCAUUUGACAUCCCAAAAUAUCAAAAAAUAAAUAAAUAACAAACUCAUUUCUUUCUCUUCUAUAAAUAUUUUUGGCUUAUUUUUGUAGAGAAAUUUACUAAUGAGAAGCUGGUUAGUAAAUUUGUAUCAGUUUCUUAGUGGGUGUUAUUGAAUUAGUGCAUUCAAUGGAAAUUAAUAGAAUUCAAAUCUUAAGGGAAAUCCACUGUUAUUGGAUUGAGUACUUGUUAGAGAGAAUUCAAAUCACCUGUUAUUCAAUCUUCAUGAGAUUUUAUUGGAAUUUAGUUUUAAUGGAAUUGAAUGUAAAAUUGUAUGAAAGAUAAGAGUAAACAAAAUCCGACACUUAUUGCUUGGAUUUUGAGUUUCAUCACGUUCAACUUGGCAAAGUAAUUAGAAAGCAAACCUGUUUGGGUUAGGUUUUAAUCUGACCCAAAUAAAUGAAGAUGCAGACAAAUUCUGAACGGCGAAAUCAGUUCUCCGGUAAUCCUCAGACUGAUGUCUCUCGUCUCGCUUCUUCUGCCCUAAAUUCAACCUCAAAGCCAUUUUCAAGCUAAUCCUCAAACUGAUGUUCUCUCCGAGUAACAUCAUCAUUGUGCAAGCUGUGGCAAAGCUUGGGAUUUUCGCUUGUGGAUUUGAAGCCAGAGUUCAAGCCAUUCUCGACGCUACCUUUAUCUGCUUCGUCUCCUUACUAAUUCUAACGAAAAGAUGUAGUAGAUGGGGGAAUCGUUCACUUAGAUGUUUGGUGAAACGUCCUGCACUCAAAUUCAAAUGAACAUGACGUCUCUUUUCUCUAGAUUAGAUUAAAAUAUCAUGUUAUGCUUCCUUUGGUUCAGUUAUUAUAUGAUCCAUCUUCCUCUGUC